GUGCCGUGGCGGCCAUGGCUGCAGUAGCGGCUGCAGUAGCAGCUGGCAGCAGGGCAAGCGGAAGGGCUCUGCUGGCCCGGGCCCGGCCCGCUCUGGAGAGCCGGGAGCAGGCCGCGCCCGGCCGGGCUGUGACAGCUGGGCGCGGCUCGCCUCGGGGCUUCUCUGCCGCAUCGGGUCCGGCGGGGUGUCCAGGGAUAGCCCGGUUAGGUGGUGCGGGGUGGUGUCUGUCCUGCUCUCUGCCUCGGUGUAAGCCGACAGGGUUGGAGGGGCUAUUGGGAUCUCUAGCUGCGCUUCAGUUGUGAUUUUUCCGCUUCAUUCGGGCUGAGGAUUUCCAAUGGAGAUAAAAGCAGCUGUCAAAAGAUAUGAAACAAGGAAGAAGACAGGAGGGACUGAAGUGGCAUCCAAAUCCCGAGUUGAUUGGAGACGCACUAAAAGGGAGCUCAUCUUGCUUUACAGUGAUGAAGAAUCCUCAUUUGCCUCUGAUGAUGAAGGCUCUGUCACAUCAGAAGCGGAAGUAGAUGAAAAAGAUGAAACUAUUGUGAAGAAUAGCCUUUCAGAUCAUGAGGAGAAAAGCUGUAAUGGAGCAGUAACAGAGGAUGCUGACGAUGAGCACAUCACACCUGGGAAACGUAAAAACUCAAGCGCUUCUAUACUAUAUGACAGUGAUGACAGUGAGGACAGUGAUAUCCUUGUUAGAAAAGUUUUUGCUAAACGCCAGUGUAUAAUGGAUGAAGAUGAGAGUUCUCAAGAACAGCAACCUGAUAAAACCUGCCUUGAAGAAAAUAUUCCUGUUAAUAGGAAACAACAAGUGUUAGCAAAACUGAAAGAACUUGCAAGAGAAAGAGCUACUCGGACAUCCUAUAAUAGUGAAUGUUCUGAGGAUUCUAAUGCUGAAGUAGAAAUAGAAGAGGAACCACUCUCUCAUUUGUCCCUCACACCAACAGAAGGUAGUGAAACUGACAGUGAUAGCAUGAAAGAUUUUAUAGUUGAUGACGAUGAUGAAGAGGAAGAUGAUGAUGACACAGAAGAUCUAAAGAGUGAAAACCAGCCACAACAGAAAGAACUAGAUUUAUCAAAUAGCCAGUUGCUGGCAUACUACGUCCCGCACUUAUCUCGCUGUGAUCAUUAUGUACAUUUCCAAAGAGUAGUAAAGGCUUUCCUCAUAAAUGCAAUUGAUGACACUUUUCUGAACUCAUUAUAUGAUGGAACAAGACAAAAGAGGUACGCACAAGAUAUGUUAACUUCGCUUCAUUAUUUGGAUGACCGCUUCGUUCAGCCUCGUCUUGAGAACUUGAUAUCUAGAAGUCGCUGGAAAGAUCGAUACAAGGAGCGUGUGGAUUGUUACCCAGAUGUUCGUAUAAUUAUGAAAAAUUCAAAAAGUAUGUCUUGUCAGGCCUGUGAAUUGAAUCGAUAUUGUAAGUUUGAUGUGUUGCUGUCUGGAAAGCUUUAUAACAGUCAAACUUUGGAAGCAGAUGACUUCAUGUCACAUGACAAACAGGUUUUGAAGGUUGGCACAGUAUGUGCAAAUCGUACGAGGGUUUAUCAUAAUUUGAAGCACUUCAAAUACAAGCUGUAUUUGGAUUGCAGCUCCGUUGCUGAGUUGGAUGGUGUUAAGGAUGAACCAGUCAAAGACACAGUGGAUCGGCUUUUCAGCCAUUUGGAAGGCAAUGGAUGGAUUCAGAAGAGAUACGAUGAUCUUGAAAACUACAUGAAUGAUGCAGAUAGUUUCCAAGAAGAGAAAAUUGAUUGAGUAGUCAUGCAGCCCUUUAGAAGAGGUUUUGUAAAAAUUUGAACGGCCCAGCAUCCCUGCAUGAUCAUCAAGAUUCCUUUUAGGCUGUAUUAUACUUAAUUCUGUAUGUGUGUAAAUUACUGUUUAAGAAUAUGCUGUAUCUCUUUUUUCAUGUGUGUCAAAAGUAACUUGAAGUUUUAAUGAAUCAGUUCUUCUGGUCUUAAUGCGUAUGUCACUUUAAUUUUCCCUUUUUACUUAAAAAAUCACAUCUAAAUAUCUGUUUAUCUUGAAAUAAAACUUCUGCUUAUUUACGUUGAGCUACAGUGCAGAGAAGAGAGAUGCUGAGACCUUUUGAAGUAGGACUAUUUGAAACUAUAAAACUAUAUUAUACAAGAA